UCAUCUACAAUGGCUCGCACUAAGCAAACUGCCCGCAAGUCCACUGGUGGCAAGGCCNCCCGCAAGCAGCUCGCCUCCAAGGCUGCUCGCAAGUCCGCCCCCUCAACCGGUGGUGUCAAGAAGCCUCACCGUUACAAGCCCGGUACCGUCGCUCUCCGUGAGAUCCGUCGCUACCAGAAGUCGACCGAGCUCCUCAUCCGCAAGCUCCCCUUCCAGCGUCUGGUUCGUGAGAUCGCCCAGGACUUCAAGUCAGACCUCCGCUUCCAGUCCUCCGCCAUCGGUGCUCUUCAGGAGUCCGUUGAGGCUUACCUCGUCUCUCUCUUCGAGGACACCAACCUCUGCGCCAUCCACGCCAAGCGUGUUACCAUCCAGAGCAAGGACAUCCAGCUCGCCCGCCGCCUCCGUGGUGAGCGCUCUUAA